AUGAGCCACGGGCUGCUGAUGCUGCUUGGCAGCGCCGUCCUGGUCGUCUUCGGCCUCUGCUGCACCUUCGUGCACCGCGCUCGCAGCCGCUACGAGCACAUCCCCGGGCCGCCGCGGCCCAGUUUCCUUCUAGGACACCUCCCCUACUUUUGGAAAAAGGAUGAGGUUUGUGGCCGCGUGCUCCAAGAUGUGUUUUUGGAUUGGGCUAAGAAGUAUGGGCCCGUCGUGCGGGUCAAUGUCUUCCACAAAACCUCGGUCAUCGUCACAAGCCCCGAGUCGGUCAAGAAGUUCCUGAUGUCAACCAAGUACAACAAGGACUCCAAGAUGUACCACGCGAUCCAGACUGUGUUUGGUGAGAGGCUGUUUGGCCAAGGCUUGGUAUCCGAAUGUGACUAUGAGCGCUGGCACAAACAGCGGAGGGUCAUGGACCUGGCCUUCAGCCGGAGCUCCUUGGUUGGCUUGAUGGGAACGUUCAAUGAGAAAGCGGAACAGCUGGUGGAGAUCCUGGAAGCCCAAGCGGAUGGUCAGACCCCCGUGUCCAUGCAGGACAUGCUGACCUGUGCCACCAUGGACAUCCUGGCCAAGGCAGCUUUUGGGAUGGAGACCAGCAUGCUUCUGGGUGCCCAGAAGCCUCUGUCCCGGAAAGUGAAACUGAUCCUGGAGGGCAUCAGCGCAUCCCGGAACACUCUGGCGAAGUUUAUGCCGGGGAAGUGGAAGCAGCUUCGUGAGACCCGGGAGAGCGUCCGCUUCCUGCGCCAGGUCGGCAAGGAGUGGGUCCAGCGGCGCCGCGAGGCCCUGCAGAGGGGGGAGGACGUGCCGGCGGACAUCCUCACGCAGAUCCUCAAAGCUGAAGAAGGGGCCCAGGACGACGAGAUCCUGCUGGACAACUUCGUCACCUUCUUCAUCGCUGGUCACGAGACUUCUGCCAAUCACCUGGCGUUCACGGUGAUGGAGCUGUCGCGCCAGCCCGAGAUCUUGGCGAGGCUGCAGGCCGAGGUGGACGAGGUCAUUGGGUCCAAGAGGCACCUUGACUGCGAGGACCUGGGGAGACUGCAGUACCUGUCUCAGGUCCUCAAAGAGUCGCUGAGGCUGUACCCGCCUGCGUGGGGCACCUUCCGUCUGCUGGAGGAGGAGACCUUGAUUGAUGGGGUCCGAGUCCCCGGCAACACGCCGCUCCUGUUCAGCACCUACGUCAUGGGGCGGAUGGACACGUACUUUGAGGACCCUCUGACUUUCAACCCGGAUCGCUUCGGCCCCAAAGCACCCAAGCCCAAGUUCACCUACUUCCCCUUCUCCCUGGGACCCCGCUCCUGCAUUGGGCAGCAGUUUGCUCAGAUGGAGGUGAAGGUGGUCAUGGCCAAGCUGCUGCAGAGGCUGGAGUUCCGACUGGUGCCCGGGCAGCGAUUCGGGCUGCAGGAGCAGGCCACGCUCAAGCCGCUGGACCCUGUGAUCUGCACGCUGCAGCCCCGGGGCUGGCAGCCAGCGCCCCCGCCCCCACCCUGCUGAGGGGCCCAGGCGGGACCACACUCCUCGGCCAGGGCCCUGGGCAGUC